CCUCGGCACCGCCGUUCGCACUGCGGCGGAGGCAGCGGCGAGACCGGCAGCGGGCAGAGCCCCGCGAUCGAGGAAAGGCGCUUCCCCCGCAGCGCUCGGCCGCCCCUCGCCAUCGCUUCCGGGUGAGCGGCGGUGACCUCCGCCCCCUGCCCCCAGCGCUUCCUUUCCGGCGGCGGCCGCGCAGAGCAGACGCGCAGAAAUGGCACCUCGCAAGGGCAAGGAGAAGAAGGAGGAGCAGGUCAUCAGCCUGGGGCCUCAGGUGGCUGAAGGAGAGAACGUGUUUGGCGUCUGCCACAUCUUUGCGUCCUUCAACGACACUUUUGUGCACGUGACCGAUCUCUCUGGCAAGGAAACCAUCUGCCGUGUGACUGGGGGCAUGAAGGUGAAGGCAGACAGAGAUGAGUCGUCUCCGUACGCGGCUAUGCUGGCGGCCCAGGACGUUGCCCAGCGGUGCAAGGAGCUGGGCAUCACCGCCCUGCACAUCAAGCUGCGCGCCACCGGCGGCAAUCGGACCAAGACCCCUGGACCUGGUGCCCAGUCAGCCCUGAGAGCUCUGGCCCGAUCCGGGAUGAAGAUUGGCCGCAUUGAGGACGUCACCCCCAUCCCCUCAGACAGCACUCGCAGAAAGGGGGGUCGCCGUGGCCGUCGUCUGUAGGCAGCGCUGUGCCUCUCCUCAUUAAAGCUCUCUUGGAAACCUC